CUUUCUUUGGUUUACAGCUCUCUUUGUAGCGUGUGUACGUUUGCGGAGGUCACUUAAGAUCAUACACGGAGGCAGAUUGCUUCGAUUCCAGCAAUAACUGACCGACAAGAGGGCAUUCAUUAUUUGACGCCAAUCCGCAUGUUCCAUGAGCAGCAGCACUAGCAGUCUCUACAGUGCCCUGGUUAAGACCAUCAGCAGCCCUUCUCUCCCUCACCCCUGUGAAUCCAGAUACAAUCUGGAUAACAACCUGGAUCUGGAUCAGGACCUGGUGGACCCUUUGGAGCUGUUGAGAGAAUGUAGAGAGGUUCUGAGAAACCGGCCAGCCCGAUUGCACAGGGCUUUUGUUCAUACUGGGCAUGAAAACUCUAGGCACACGGCAAUCAGAGUAAUGCAGUGGAAUGUUCUAGCACAAGCACUCGGUGAAGGCAUGGACAGUUUUGUGCAGUGCCCCAUGGAUGCUCUGAACUGGGCUGAAAGAAAGUAUUUGAUACUGGAAGAGAUCCUAAUGUACAGACCUGACAUCCUGUGCCUACAGGAAGUUGAUCACUACUUUGACAUGUUUCAGCCUGUUCUGGCUAGUUUGGGCUACCAGAGCAGCUUCUGCCCCAAACCAUGGUCACUGUGUCUGGAUGUCGAGAAUAACAAUGGCCCUGAUGGCUGUGCUCUCUUCUUCAAUGAAAAACGCUUCCAGUUAAUAAACACAACGCACCUGCGACUGUCUGCCAUGAUGCUAAAUACCAAUCAGGUUGCAGUCAUAACUACAUUGCGUUGCCAAGCAACAGGACGGGCUUUCUGUGUUGCGGUAACGCAUCUGAAGGCACGGAGUGGUUGGGAGGUUCUACGCAGUGCACAAGGUUCAGAUCUGUUGCGGAACCUGCAAAACAUUGCACAGAGAAUAGAGACGGAAGAAAAUGCAAAUACUGACGUUCCUCUGGUAGUAUGUGGCGAUUUUAAUGCUGAGCCUUCGGAGGAUGUCUAUAAAAAUUUCGCAGCAUCUAGUCUUGGGCUCGACAGUGCAUACAAGCAUCUGAGUACGGAUGGAAAAACUGAGCCACCUUAUACGACGUGGAAGAUCCGUCCUAGUGGGGAGAGUUGCCACACACUGGAUUAUGUGUGGUAUUCACAUAGAGUGUUUAAUGUCAAUGCGGUUCUGGACUUUCCUACAGAAGAACAAAUUGGACCAAACAGGCUGCCUUCCUAUAACUACCCCUCUGAUCACCUCUCGCUUGUCUGUGACAUUAGCUUCAUGGAUCUACCGUUUGUUUCCCAAUAAUUGGAGGUUUACUGG